AUGGCUUCUGCCCUGAACAGCAAAAUUCACGCUCCCGGGAAUUGCCCGGGCUCCAAAGCCGAUGCCCGCGGUGGCGCCGGCUGGAGAAUGGACUGUGAUCCUGAGAUGCACGUGAAAAUGUGCAAGAAGAUCGCCCAGCUCACCAAGGUGAUCUACGCCCUGAACACCCGCCAGGACGAGACCGAGGCGGGCAUGGAGGCGCUGCGCGAGGCCCACCAGGAGGAGCUGCAGCAGGCGGUGGCAGAGACCGAGGCCAGGCUCCUGCAGGCGCAGGGCCACGCGGGCGAGGAGGAGGCCCUGCGGCAGCGCAUCCAGGCCCUGGAGAGCGCCCUGGAGCUGCAGAAGCGGCUGACACAGGAGGCGCUGGCCCAGUCGGCCUCGUGCAGGCUGGAGACCCAGGAGAGGGAGCUGAGGGUGGAGGCCGAGCACGCCGAGCGAGUGCUCACCCUCUCCAAGGAGAUGCUGGAGCUCAAGGCCAGCUAUGAGAAGAGGCUCCGGCACCUGAGUGGCCACGAGGCGCCCCGGUGGGGCCGGCUCGACCAGGAGAGUCCCGAGCCCAGGGCCGAGCCGGGCUGCGGCCCCGAGAUGCGGGAGGUCCUGCUGGAAGUGGAGCGGCUGCGAGCGGAGAACCAGCAGCUGAGCACGGACUACGCACGGAAGGCCGAGGAGCUGCAGGCCACGUACGAGCGGGAGAACGAGGCGGUCCGGCAGGCGAUGCAGCAGUCUGUGAGCGAGGCCCUGUGGCAGUGGCAGGAGAAGGAGACCGACCUCCGGAAGAACUUCCAGGCCCAGGAGGCAGCCCUCCAGGCCCAGGUCCGGAAGCUGGAAGGGGAUCUGGAGCACAGAGGCCGCAAGAUUAGUGACCUGAAAAAGUACGCCCAGAAGCUGAAGGACCGCAUCCAGGACCUGGAUGUGCAACUCAAGGAGGCUCGACAGGAGAAUUCAGAGUUGAAAAGCACGGCAAAAAAACUUGGGGAGAAGCUGGCCAUUGCCAAAGAUAAGCUGAUGUUGCAGGAGUGUCAUGUGACACAGAAAACCGAUGACAUGAAGACAGAGAGAGUUUCAGAGAAUGAAGUCCUAGGGAAAGAGAAUGAUUUGGAAACCUGCAGUCUCCAUCCUCAGCAGGACCAGAACUUUGCCAAGGAGUGUCCCUGCACAAAAGGAGGCACAGAUACACAGACCAAGAAAGAAGCAUGCAUUGAGACAGAAUUUAUGAAGCAAAAAUAUGAAGAAGACCUUCGCAAAAUCAAACAUCAGACAGAAGAGGAGAAGAAACAUCUCAAAGACCAGCUGAUGAAGCGCCUAGAAGACUUGGUGAAGAAGCACACGGUGGAAAUCAAGUCAGUUCGCUCAUCGGUGGAAGCUGAAAGGAAGAGACUGCAGAAGGAAGUGGAAGCACAAUUGGAAGAAGUGAAGAAGAAAUCAGAAAAUGAAAUAAAGCAGCUGGAAGAAGAGAAAGCGGCCCUAAGUGUGAAGCUCCAGAAUUCACUGCUUGAGGUUUUAAGGCUGGAAGAAUUUAUCCAACAGAAUAAGGCAUGUCCCCCAAGAGGCAAUGAAAGGCCCCAGGAAUUGGACUGCCAGCACUACAACAUUUUAGAGACCCAGGAUCCAUGCUUGAGACCGAAUGAACCUUCUCAGACUCUGCCCAGAGGAGAGAAAUAUCAAGAUAAGUUAGCAGCUGAAGAAGGAACCAGCAGCGAAGAGGAGGAAAGGAUCGAAGUGCCCAUCAAGGAGGGAGGUGACCUGCAGCUUCCAUUGGGCUCUUUGCCAAAGGAGAAGGCACCAGAAAUCCAGCGUCUGCAGGAGGAGUGGCAGAGCCAGAAGGCCAGAUUGCAAGCCCAGGUCUCACAGAUGCAGCAGGCCUUGGAGCAGUGCGCCACAAACUACAGGGAGGACCUGCGGGAGCUCAAGCAGCUUUCGGACCACGAGCGGGAGCAGCUGCGGCAUGAGCUCCAGGAGACCGUCCAGCAGAAUCAGGCAGCGAAAGCCCAGCUUGAGGCUGCCCACAAGCGAGCUCUCUGCAUGCUUGAGAAGGCUAAAAACCAGGAAGUCAAGGCCACAGAAGAGCGCUUGAAGAAGGAAUCCAGCCACAGCCUCCAGGUCCAGCACCAGACGCACCGGCUAGAGAUGCAGGCCUUGGAGGAAAAGGCCCGGCAAGAGCUCCAAGGGGAGUUAGAGAGGAUGCAGGCUCAGCAGGCACUGCUCUUAGAGUCCCUGAGGCAGGAGCUGGCAGAGCAGCGGGCUGCCUGCUCUGAGCACCAGAAGGACUUGGAGGUUCUGCAGACCGAGCUGAGGGCCCUGGAGAGCAUGGGCAGACGGCAGGCCAUCACCCAGUGUCCAGGGGACAGCGAGGACCGUGCUGGGACUUCAGAGGAGGAGGGCGGCCCGGGCCAGGCGGGCUCCCCCAAAGGCAAGAGCGCAGCGGAGCUGCAGCCCAGCGAGGGAUGCGGCCUCCGGGAGGAGAACUCGCAACUCAAGGAGGCAGUGAGGCGGCUGCAGGCCGAGGUGGAACAGCACCAGCAGGAGGCGCUGCAGCUCCGCGACCAGCGCAGGCUGCUGGAGGAGGAUCAGCAAGCCCAGCGGGCCCGGGAGGUGGAGAUGCUGCGCCAGGAACACCGGAAGGAGAUGCAGGCCAUGGUGGCUGAUUUCAGCAGUGCUCAAGCCCGGCUCCAGGCCCGGCUGGCUGCCCUGGAAACUGAACUGAAAGAUUCCGGAGAGAAGCCAGGGAAGGGGGCAUCCAGGCCAGAGGACAUUCAGCUCAUAGGCCGUCUGCAGACCCGCUUGAAGGAGAGGGAGGAGAUCAUCAAGCAGCUCACGGAGGAGAGAAGAUUUCACUAUGCAGCGUUCCCCAGCGCAAUGUCCCAUCGGAAUAGAUCCUUCUCUUUCAAUCCUCACCCAGGGUAUUUGACCCCUUCCAUGAAGAAGAAGAAGGUGGAGGAAGUGCCCAGCCGAGUGGUCAGUGUGCCUAACCUCGCUUCCUACGCCAAGAACUUUCUGAGUGGUGACCUGAGCUCCAGGAUCAGUGCCCCUCCGAUAACUAAGUCACCCAGCUUGGACCCAGGUCCCAGCUGUGGCCGGCCCUACAAACCCACCCCAUCUCUAGAUGUGAAAACUGCCACAAGGACACAAGAUGAUGAUACAGCCCAACCCAAAGAAGUCCAACAGAAGCAAGGUUCAGCUCACCAGGAAUGGUUUACCAAAUAUUUUUCUUUCUAA